AUGAAUCCACAGAUACUGGUGAACGGUGAACAGGAGCGGCAGGAUGUCAUUGCUGCAGCAGAAGAGCUGAUCUGCUCCAUCACACUUCAUGACGAGUGUCCUGAGGACGCCGUUGAUGCUGAGAAGGAGAAGCAUGCAAAGAUGCAGUCUGUUCUCAAACAGGUACGUGAAAAAAUCCGGUCUCAGGCGGGCACAAGGGCCCCGAAGAGCGGCGGCAUCAUGGAGCUGGUGCAGAGGGUCCGAGACAGAGAGAGCGCACAGGUGAACGGGGUGGCUGAGGGUGGAGAGGAUCAGAAACAAGAGACUUUGGCGGGUGAGGAGAAAACUGUGAUGGAGCAGCAGGAGGAGAAUUUUUGUGCAGUUUUUGACUCAAAGCUCGGGGCCAGUGAGAAAGCCUUAAGAGAGGAGUUUGAGGUGCAGAUUUCUCAGGUACGUAAAGAGAUGCAGACCUACACUGACCAGGCUCUGAAAGACCUCCAGGUUAAACUGCAGAGCCGACAACCACACAAAUCCCAUCAGACACACCCCAGAGAGCAGGCGGAGAUCAGAGGUCCUGACAGGAGACAGUGGCCUGCAGCAGGUUCGACUCUGGCCUCCAGGAGAGGAAGAGUCCUGACUCGGACCAUGACCACCAUCAUCCCUAAGACAUGCGCCCCCGUCAUAGUCGGACCACGAGCCAAAUCAGAGACUCUGAGCUCUUCAAAGGGUGAAAGCUCUCAGCUUUUACCAAGGGAUCCACAUAACUGCUAA